CUAAGGUUUGUUGCUCCCUCUCAGUAAGCUCACGCUUAGGUCAAGCUAAGCUAAGGUAAGGUUGCUUCUCCUACAAGAUCUUAUCCCUCCCACUCUUGUGCUUAAAAACCAAGCUGGAGGGAAAGUGAAAAGAAGACAAAGAGAGGCAGAAAUUCCCAGAAUAAUAUUAAGCUACGUGAGCUCAACAUAGUUAUAUCUAUCUAUAAUAGUUCCCCGGCAUUAAAUCGUGGCAAGCAGAGUUGUGUAUAAUGGAUUCAAAUACCCAUCUCAAUCUGGAGCACCAACCCCACCAACCCAACUCUGGGUUGCUCCGGUUUCGCUCUGCUCCCAGCUCACUCUUCGCCGAGAACAACGCCGCCGAUUUGGGCGUCAAUAAGGGAGCUUCCAUCGAGGGUUCUGACUCUGACAGACUGUUCUCGAGAUUCGUGGGUUAUAGUCAUACCAACGACUCGGAAUCGUGGCCGUCGAGCUUCCAGGAGUUUGAGGACAAAUCUACGGUGACGGAGGCGGCUGUGACGGCGAGUCGUAUCAGCUCACAGCAACAGGGGUUUGCUGGUCUUCCGCCUCAUUAUCCGAGACAGAACUCGUUUGGGAGUGGUAAUGGUUCUUAUGGGUUGGUGGGUUCGGCCGCAGUGGAUCAACACCCGCAAACCAAGACCGUUACUUCCAAUCUUGUUCGGCAGAGUAGUUCUCCUGCUGGGCUUUUCUCCAACAACUCUAUUCAAAAUGGAUUCCCAUUUGGAGCCUGGAAUGAUCCAUCAAAUUUUGCUGAGAAUUUAGAUGGCAUGAGAAGAGACCAAGAUACUGACCAGAAGUUAUUCUCUGCUCCUCAGAAUGGUGAUCUUGGGAACCGAGUUCAUAUAUUAUCCCACCACUUGAGUUUACCAAAAAAUUCAGCAGAAGUUGCCAUGGAAAAGUUCCUCCAACUCCAAGAUUCUGUACCUUGCAAAGUUAGAGCAAAGCGAGGUUGUGCCACUCAUCCCCGAAGCAUUGCAGAAAGAGUGAGAAGAACACGGAUUAGUGAACGGAUGAGGAAACUACAAGAGCUUGUGCCAAACAUGGACAAGCAAACAAAUACGGCAGACAUGUUAGACUUGGCUGUUGAUUAUAUUAAAGAACUUCAGAAACAGUUCAAGAGUCUGAGCGAUGUUCGAGCCAACUGCAAGUGUUUGAGUAUGCAGAAGCCGGUUCAAAAUCAGAUAGUUUGAUGCUUUUCUGUACAGGGAUGGAGAAGUAGUGGAUGAAAACCUCAUGUUAAACCCUUUCGGCUAUGCCAUGAACAGUAAGUAGAAACUAGUUAAGGAGCUAAAUCGAAAGCGAGAUCGAGCAGUGAUGUAGAAAGUGGCUCUAAGAUGUUGCUGUACUUUUUGGUGGGGAUGUGAUGUAGAAGGCUGGUAGAGUCUGCACCACAACAUCUGAGGGGACCAGGUCUUGGUAUAAUGGUACAAGUUAACAAGCUAGGUUUCCUAUUACACAAAAAAUGAAUAAAAGACAGAAUGUACAUGAUAUGUUCUCUAAUAAUAAUGGCAGUCCUCUCAAGUUUUAAAUUUUGCUCCAUUUUUCCGGCAGUUAGAUGUGCAAGUGUAUGGUGAUUGUAUUUUGGUAACAGGACAGAACAUAACAUGGAUAUUUGCCAUUUUAAGCUGAUUCUGUUGCUUGUUUGGUUCUGAUAAAGGAAAGGAAAAGAGUUGGGUAUGAAAUGAUUGUGCUGAAGAAAGGCUUUACUUUGUUUUUGGUAACAAACUGAUGAAGUUGACCGUCUUUUACUUAUGUGACUUCAUAUUGUCUUAUGCCUUGAACAGUUGAGCCUUAUCUUGAUUUCAGAAGGCGUAUUUAAUAUUAAGCAGCUAGUGAUGCAAAAAAGAUGUGUGACUAUGACUACCUUGUUUGUCCAUUUUUUGUAGAGAAAAGUAUGGCUCUUUACUUCUUUUUCUUUGUAGCCAAAGUUUCUUUCUUUAUCAUCAGCAAGAAAAGCUUGAGUUCUUUAUGAAAGAAUGGCCCUGGCUAAGACGGUUUUGGACCAUACAUGGUUAUUGCCGAGGGUUGUGACUCGUGAGUCUUGUGAAAUAA